AUCGUAACCGCGGAACUGUAACAAUGGCGCUCUCCAUGAUUAAAUUGCCGUCCUUGAGGAACGCUCAAUUUUUUCGCCAAUCUUACACGUGUUUAAUGGUGGUUCGUCAUAAAUAUUUCAAGAAAGGAGAACACGCAGAGGGUAGUGUUUAUAAGGACUACGAGAAUGAAGUAUUGAAUGUAAAGGGAAAAAUCUACGAUAAAAAGCCAGCAAAGGUGGACCUUAAGCCGGGAAAGAAAUAUUUCUGGUGUGCAUGCGGUUACGGACAUUCACAGCCCCUCUGUGAUGGGACGCACAAGACACUUGCAGAGCGGAAAUGGACUAAAGUGAAAUACAGGCCUAUGGCUUUCCAGGUGGAAGAAGAAAAAACCUACUUCCUGUGUAACUGCAAACAAACUAGUAAUCCACCAUUUUGUGAUGGGACUCAUAGAGACCCCUCCAUACAGGAGAAAAUCAAAGGCUGACAAUGAUGAUGGAAUUCAAUUCUGGCAAAAUUAAUUAGUCAUUCAUAUUUGAUUGUGAUAUUAAAUGUUUUUGACAAAAAAGUAUUAACAUAUCUUGAAGGUAUAUAUAAAGUCAUAUUCUGAUA